CUUUAUAUAAGUAUACCUUGAAAUCAUUUUUUACUUGUUACUUAAGUAACAUGACAUUAAACAAAGUUUAUAUUGGACUCGAGCAGGGUCUUAAUGAAGCAAAUAGAAUUUAUCUUAUUUCUUGUGACAAAAGUGAUAUUAUUGCAGCCAAAAAACGAGUGGAAAAGAUAAUUUACAAAAUUGUUAAUGCAAUGAAAGAAGAGUCUUCGACAUUUUCAAAGUUGUAUUGGAAAAUUUUUGGUGUUGGAAGUAUCUACGAAGAAAUAAAAAUUGGAAAACCUAAUGAGUUUGAUAUUGAUAUUUUAUUGAGGUUGCCACAAAGUCUUCAGUUGAGUUUGGAGGAAAAUACUGUUGCUGGAUUUGCUAAACUUCAGUUAAAAGAUUUCGAAUGUUUGUCUUCUCUAGACUCGCAGUUAUACAGAGAUAUGAAAAUAUUUAUUGAUUCUAACAAUUAUCUUCUUUCUGAAGAAAUGAUGUGCUCUUUUAUACAAAAAAUUUUUAAUAAUGCAUUAAGACACUUUCCCAACAAUGUUAUAAAAAUCGAAAACGAGGAAUAUAAAAUAUCUAAAAUCCAAUACAUCCAGCCUGCCCUAACUUUAACUAUUGAAAGUUCGAAUUUUCACAUAAAUAUUGAUCUUGUGGCUUCUUUCAUCCUCAAUAAAAAUUAUUGGCCUGAGACAAUUCACAAUAAUAAUCCCCAUGCAUUUCCAAGUGAUUUUUUUGUCGUUCCUGCAAGACCAGUCGACAAAAUUGCCUACAAGGAGAGACUAUGGCGACUGUCUUUUCACAUUCAGGAAAGACAACUCAUUCAUAAUCGUCAUAGAAUGAAAGCAGCUGUUCGAGUUUUGAAGCGAAUUCGUGACCAUUUUGAACACCCUGUACACAGUCAUGCUAUUAAAACCUUAUUCUUGUGGGAAUUGUCUAAAAAUAAUCCAGCUUUAAAAACCACUGCAUUGUGGAAAUCCCCACUUAGUUCUCUUGUAAUCUGGAUGCUGGAACAGUAUGUAAAGUGUUUGGAUGCAGGCAAAAUUUUGGAUUUUUGGAAUCCAAAACAUAACCUUUUGUCCUAUCUUUCGAGUGAGGAUAUUCAACGAUGUAGACAAGAUAUUGCAUUAAUGAUCGACGAUAUCAAAGAACGACCACACUGUGAAGUUUUGUUAAGUUAUUUGAAGUAG